AUGGGGAACUACAUCCGGGAAGAGGCUGCCAAAAAACGGCUCCUCCUGCCACCGCUCACCGACCAGGCUAGACCAGGUGCUGUGGCAGCCCCGGUGGCCUCAUUAGAAGACCCCGAGGACCGGAGAGACAGCUCCCAAAUCAUGGGCCCUGAGACAGAGCUGGACGCCAGUUCAGGUGGGAAGCCGGCCCACCAGCAGAAGGCCGUGCCCGCUGCUCACCAUCGGAAGGCCGUGCCCACAGCUCACCAUCGGAAGGCCGUGCCCACAGCUCACCAUCAGAAGGCCGUGACCACAGCUCACCAGCAGAAGGCCGUGCCCGCUGCUCACCAGCAGAAGGCCGUGCCCGCAGCUCACCAGGAGAAGGCCGUACCCACAGCUCACCAUCGGAAGGCCGUGCCCACAGCUCACCAUCAGAAGGCCGUGACCACAGCUCACCAGGAGAAGGCCAUGCCCACAGCUCACCAUCAGGCCGUGCACACAGCUCACCAGGAGAAGGCCAUGCCCACAGCUCACCUAACUUUCGUCAUCGACUGUGCUAGUGGAAAGCAGCUCUCCCUGGCAGCACCCCUUGUGCCACCCCAAGCCCCCAGUCCUUACCUAGGACCUGUCACCCCUCCAAUGAAGACCUAUAUCUUGUUCUAUGGGGACAGCCAGCCCCCUCUGACUCAGGAGGCCAUCCUGGGUGGGGGGCACAUUGCCCAGGCCAGGGGCACCCUGCCACCCUGCAGAGGGACUGUGGCCCCAGCUUCCUCCCCACUCAGCCCACUAUGCCCCCAGGGGGCCCCUGAAGCCAAGGGGAGCCCCUUAAAGACAAUGCCUACAAGGUAUUUGGCUUGGGAAACAGUCAUGGGCUUGCUCAAAGCUUUCUCCUCCUGUGUCUGUGGGCAGGCAGAUUAACUGGAACAGCCUGACCAUGGCAGGAGGGGGUUGGCCCAUUAGUAGAUGAGGGGAUAAAAAAAACUGGUACAUUUGCACCAUGGAAUGCUAUUCAGCAGUAAAAAAAGAAGGAUCUCGUGCCCUUUGAGACAGAAUGGCGGGACUUGGAGAAUAUUACGCUAAG